CACACUCACAGACACUCGCACCCUCCCUCCAUCCAUCGGCGGCCGGUGUGUUCCCCCUCUCUACAGCAGUGAAAUGAAACCGGACCAGAGUGCGACAUGAACGGACCUCAGCUCAAUGAACUCCCCGACGACUCGGAGCAGCUGGAGCCGUACGUGAGUGGCCUGAGGCGGGGCGCGCUGCAGGCCGCCGACCCGUCCUCUGUCUGGACCUUCACCGACACUUUCCUUCUGAGGUUUCUGCGGGCCAGAGACUUCGACGUGGAGCUCGCUCUGAAGCUCCUGCUGAACUACCUGCGAUGGCGGAAGGAGAGUCCUGAAAUCAGCACCUGCCUGUCUCCUUCCUCUGUGCUCGGCCUCCUCAACACAUCGUAUCACGCCGUCCUCCCGCAGCGUGACCACACUGGCAGCAGGGUUCUCAUCUACAGGAUUGGGCAAUGGAACUCAAAAGACUGGUCGGCCUUCCAGGUCUUCAGGAUCAGCCUGAUGACAUCAGAGAUCAUCUCCAGGGAGAUAGAGACACAAAGGCGGGGUGUAAAGGUCAUAUUUGACCUUCAGGGGUGGUGUUUAGCCCACGCCAUGCAGAUUAACGCUUCCCUCGCCAGAAAGAUAUCCUCUGUACUUUCGGAUGCUUUUCCACUGAAAGUUAGAGGAAUUCAUUUGGUCAACGAGCCGAUGUUCUUCCAUCCGGUCUUCGCCAUGAUUCGGCCCUUCCUGCCAGAUAAAAUCAAACAGAGGAUUCACAUGCACGGCACUGAUUUCCAAGAUUCUUUAAGCGACUUCUUCUCGCCGCACAUCCUGCCUCCAGAAUAUGGAGGGGAGGGGCCUGAUAUAGAAGAUGUGUGUCAGGACUGGACCAAUCAGCUGCUUCAAUCAGAGAACCUCCUGAAGAAGAUUGCCUCCCACCCAACGGGUGACAUAACAUCUGAGGAUUCAGAUGAUGUGAUGGCUGAACAACUCUCUGAAGGAUGAUCCUUGGAGUUUUGGCAUAUUGGAUCACACAUAGACAAGGCUCAUUUUUUUACUGUAACAUCUCUCUGAGCUACGCCCUUAUCUCAUGAGCACCGUUCAUGGUGUUGGUUGCGCAGAGGGAGCUGAACAGAUAUGAUUAAUGGCUGUGCUGAUUUUAUGCCUUACACCACUGAUCCAUCUGACUGACUCCUUUAUGUUACAUAAUGUUCGCUUUUUAGCUUUUCUGACCAAAAUACACUUUCUUUGCCAGAGUGAGCUGAAGAGGUAGAUGGCAGCUUUGUGUCUAGCUCUGAUCUGACUUUGGUCAGAGUUGGGAGGAACAGAAGGUAGCCCAGUUUAGCAAAUCAGUGACAACUCAGCUGACUUUAACUUUGAAAAAAAAAAUAAAAAAUUCAGUUUACUUACUCUUGCUAAUUAACAUGAUACAUAGAAAAUAGAGAAACAAAAUCAUCACAUCAUACCUGGGCUAUAGUUGUUACACUUAAUUUCCAAACUAAAAAAAUCAAUCUUGGUUAUUCAGGAAAUAUCUUUGUCAAUUUGGCCAGAUUUGUCAACACAAAAAGGAUGAGGAGGAAUACAUGUUUACUGAGACUGUGACGUCUACAUGAUGACUGUUACCCACUCUGAACUAGCCCGGGCCAUGCAACUCGGUACAAUACUCCAUUCUAUUAGUGUUUCCACUCUUUUAUUUACUGGUUUAUUUGUGCAGGAUUGACACAGGAUUAUUGAAGUAAUGAAAUGUCGUGGACGUGAGAACCGGUCAGCUCAGCCAUAUGUAGCACAAGAAGUAAGAGCACAACGAUUACUGAAAUUUACAGCACUGGUAAAAAUGGGAAGUGGCAGUUGCAUUGCACAUUGUAGUGUAGCGGCAGAUAAGGUCCAUAUCUGCCAUAUGAGAACAGAACAUAACAAUUUGCUCAUGGGGUGGUUGUGGUUCUUGAUUAUGUUAACCAUACAAGCGAUAGAUAGAUAGACAGAAUGACUGACUGACUGACUGACUGACUGACUGACUGACUGACUGAUUUGGACCAAUAGUACUUUCAUGAUAUUUAACACCAAAUAAAAAAAAAAAUAUAUAUAUAUAUAUAUAUAUAUAUGUAUAGCAAAUUAAUGUAUUUUCAUACCAACAUUUUAGUUACACAGGUCCUUAAUACGAUAUUGUAUAAGGUUGUGUUAAUGAUUGUUACCUAUUAACAAUUAUUACACUAAGCUAGGCUGACCACAUCCUGACUUCAGCAGUAAAACACAUCUAACUCUAAAACAAAGCCUACAAAGCCUCUUCGCCACUCUGUGAAUACAUUUUAAAUGUUAAUUCAUGUAUUUUAAUUUUCUAAUGUCUGCUAGCUGCUUGUUCAGGCUGACUGAGCCAACUCAUCUGGAGCUACUGAGCAUUUUGGUACGUUCGAGAGACUGGAUUUAGAGACAGUAUGGUUUACUGCGUCACAUCCAUUUGGAAACAAACCUACUUGAAGGGCUGUUCAUGAUUUCUGAGCUCACAAGAUGUCAUGGAUGACAAAAAACCCAGAGCUUGCCUUUAUCUGUACCGUUUUUAACUAUCACUGAAUUUAUGUAAAUGUCUAAUCAAGACGAUUUUCUUUUUUUCUCUCAGCGGGAACUCUUGUUUUGCUAUUCCAUAGUAGUUAAUCAUUAAUUAUUCCAGCCGUUUGUCCAGUGGACCUCAGUGAUGGAUUGCUUAGUCACUGUGAGUUACAUGCAGCAAAAAUUUACCUGGAGUCCAAGCAGUUUCCCCAAAUGUUAUGUUCUCAUGUCAGGACAGACGCUCAUAAACCUUCUCUCUAACUUAUCACUCCAUAUAAACUUUCAUCUUAUCAGCCAGCCAAACCAAUCCAUCCACUCUUCUGUUUCCUCGUGGUUGAUAUUUUUUUUCAUUAUAUUGCUAUCAGUGAGCUGAUUAUGAUGUUUUAAUGAUAAUUUAAGACUGUGAACGGGUGUUAGGUUGAUUCCUUCCACCUUUGAAUAUUUUGGACCAACAUAUUGUAAUAAUGUGAAUUUUCUGUAGCUUACUGCCUUUAUUUUUGUAUUAAUUUGCUGCAAAACUCAGAAUAUGUUCAUAAUAAGAACAUAUACUUAUAUACUGUUAAAUGUAAUAAUUUCAAUGAUUGUAAUUCUAAGGUGCUUGGGACACUGAAAGUUCUCAUGUGUCAUGUCAUGAUAAUCUGAAGGACUGAUCUGCCUCAUGUUAGUCUUUGUCUAACACUCGUUAACAAACCGGUAGCAUAAUGGGCUCAAUAUACUGUUAAUAAAUUGGUCAGGAACA